AUGCAUUCUUUGUUAAUAUUAAAAUAUAUUUUGGCAUCAGUGUGUUUUGUAUACGCCAGUCCAGUUGCCUUUGAGGUUAAAAAAUGUGAAUCUUCCGAUUCCAAAUGUUUGAAAUCAGUCACUCAGGAAUUGAUACCAAGGUUUGCGGAAGGUUUAUCCAUCUUGAGCGUGGACCCCCUCGAUCCUAUGUUUGUGGACAAAGUUGAUGCGAGUACUCCUAAUCUCAAGUUAAUGCUGACUGAUCUCAAAAUAACUGGACUUAAGGGUUGCAUUGCAAAGAAAAUCGAACGUGAUGCGAAAAAAUCUUUUCUCUCAGUAACUCUGCAAUGUACUGUUGACGUUGAGGGCCAUUAUGACAUGAACGGACGUCUGUUGGUGCUACCACUCGAAGGAAAUGACAAGUUCCAAGCUAAAUUAGAUAGAGCAAUUUUCAAAGUAGAAGGCAAUUACGAAGAAAUCGAAAGAGAUGGUGAAAAAUAUUGGAACAUUAUAAAAUGGGACCACGGUUUCAAACUACAUGACAAAUCAACUGUGCAUUUCGACAACCUUUUCAAUGGAAAUAAGGAUUUAGCUCAAGCUGCGCAACAAGUGAUAUCAGAGAGUGGUAACGAAAUUAUCAAUGAAGUUGGACCUCCAGUAGUCAAAGCUAUCUUGACCAAAAUCGUUGACGGAGUACAAGAAUUCUUCCACGCUAUACCAUCUAAAGAUUUGGCAUUAGAUUAG